ACUAUCCGUAGAUUCCCCACUUCGCGUGACGUCACAGCCCCGCUCUGAAGCGGAAAGGCUGCAUAACUUUCUUGUUUUUGAGCGACGGGUUCCUUCGUGUCCGCGACUGUUAAAGUCCUCAGAGCUUUCAGUUGUGUGUUCUGUCCCCUUUCGUCUGGACUGAAGAUGGAGAGAAGCAUGCUGCGCUGCAGGAGGUGUCGCAAAGGCGUCUUAGACUCCAGCUGUCUGUCAAUGCAGGUUGAGGCCACAGAUGAAAGCUCAUCGGCUGUUUGCAGCAUUUGGCACGUAAAUAUCGACACGCUGCCAGAGUGGAUACUGACCUCAGUUCAUACGGCUCAGUGGAGUGUCGGAAAACUGAACUGCCACAACUGCGCCGGUCGUUUGGGAGGCUUCAACUUUGUCAACCGCAGUUUAUGUCCCUGCGGCCUGGACGCCACUGUCCACCUCAGCAAAAGCCGCGUGGACCGCGACCACAAGCGCUGCGUCCUCAUCGUCCGGCCGAGGAGGACGAGGCCUGCGAAGGAGCGGCCUGGUCCGCUGGCAGACGGCUCCCGGACCAGCGAGCCCGGCACUGAACUCAACGGGUCACAGCCCGGCGGUGCCGCGGUCGUGUCCCACAUAAGUUCUGUUGAGGCCUCGAACUCACCGCCGGACGCCACCCAGUCCUUUUCUCUCAGUCCUCCGCUCUGCGACUCCCACAGCAGGAGACGCUGCAGUGUGGACGAGGAUUCCGCCGCCAGGCCCUCGUGCUUUCGCCCCGCGGGCCUGGCGGUCGGGUCCGCCGUAGAGAGGGCGAGUAGAAGAGCCCGCGAGUCUACGGAGUCACCCGUCCUGUGUCCCGCGGGCCAGCAGGUUGACGGAGACGGGGAAGCCCCGGUCAGCGGCGUCCUCUGCCGUUCGUUUGUCUCCGGGAGGACAUGUUCACAGCUGCUGCAAACCGUGGAGGACGUUGAGUCCUCUUCUUCUCCUGAGGCCGCGGAGGUCCACGAGGAGGCUUCUAUCUCAGCCCUGUUGCACGGAGGGGGGUCCAUCUCUGACAGCGAGGACGUGCUGCCUCGAGGCUUCAUGGCGCCCGCAGCCUCAAGCAGGCCGAGCAAACGGGAGAAGAACCGCCUGAAGAGUCUGCGGAGGAAACAGCGGAGGAGAGAGCGAUGGCUACACAGCCGGCUGGAGCAGCCGGAGAGUGCGAGCGCCCCACAGUCGGACAGUGAGGAGGAGGAGGAGGGGGAGGACAGCGAGGGCCUCACCUGCGCCGUCUGCCUCGAUGUCUACUUCAGCCCGUACAGGUGUCAGCCCUGCGGUCACGUCUUCUGCGAGCCGUGUCUCCGCACGAUCGCCAAGAACCGGCCGACAAACACGCCCUGCCCUCUCUGCCGCACCCUCAUCUCACACGCCGCCUUCCACAAGGAGCUCAACCAAACAGCCGCGGCCUUCUUCCCCAAAGUGUACUGCGCUCGCAAGCGGAACUUCCAGAAUGCUUCGUGUGCAAAAUGGUCCCUGCCCAGCUGUCGCAAACGCUUCCGAAGCUUCUGGGACGGUCAUUUUCCCUCCCUGUCUGCAGGCGAGCAGCGGCAGGCGGCGGGGAGACGCUGGCACCUUUUCCACGGAGGAUUUGCGGACUUCACAGACGUGCGCGGCUGGCUCUUCUACAUCGGCCUGGUCAUCGUCCACAUCCACUCAGUCAACUGGAUCCUGGCUCUGCUCUUCCUCUUUUGCCUCCUGUACUACUACUUAUUUUAGGACAGCGAGGCGUCCUGUAGAUUAGGACUACAGGUUUAUCUUCUUUUGAGUUGUUUUUUUGUAAGUCAGCAGUUACUUUAGUGCUAAAAGUAUCAAGAAGUGGUUUUGACCUGCAUGCAUCGCAGCAGGGAUCUGAACAUUAGAGACGUUGGCAUGUUUCGAAAAGUUUACAAUAUGCUUCUGCCAGCGUGAUAAGUGCAAUAUACACAGAGAGGCGACCUGAUCUACAGAAAUAGUGCGUCUAGAUUCAGGAAGCCCGAAGCGGAGUGGCCUUACUGUCCAAUGAUCAAUGAACUGUUGAACUGUUCAAUGCAGGAAAACAUCACAGACGUUGCAGUUUUAGUAAAACCUCUGGUUUUUGGUACAACUAUUUGGUGAUAGUGGCGGCGAUGAUCAGACAGACAAACAUUUGAUUGUUGCCUGAUUUAAUUUGACAUUUGACAUUUUUUGUCCAACAAGGAAUGAAUAUUUUAGGGGAAUAAGCUUGCUCCCUGCCUUAAGAGAGGUGCCCUAUGUUUAAUCUGCUCAUCCAGUAGAAGAAUGAAAUUGAAGUUGAUGGAAAAAUCAAAUAUAUUGCCUUUUUCAAAUCUCCAAAAAAGAAAAACUCUUAAGUCGAUAUAAACUGUGCGACUUGCAAGCGGCCAAGACAAUGAUCCAAAUAUACGGGUGCUUUUUCAUGGUUCACAACAACAACAAUAAAGCUCAUUCUGGCAUAAAAAGCAUAUAAAACAAAA